AUGAAGCAAUGUCAGAAAAAUCCUUAUAACUCAAAUGAAAAGAAGCAAAAGACCUUAACUUUUAAUAGGAAAUCCAAUGGUAGUGGUAGCAAUUUGGUAGCAACUAUUUUCAACAAAGAGGCAUGUAGGAUGGCAUGUGCCAAAAUGAUAAUUUUGGAUGAGUUACCUUUUAGUUUUGUAGAAGGUCGUGGGUUUAGACACUUUUGUAGUGUUGCAUGUCAUAAGUUUGAUCCUCCAUCUAGAAGAACCAUUGUGAGGGACAUUUAUCAAUUGUAUUUAGAUGAGAAAUUGGCUUUAAAAUCAAUGUUUGUUGCAAACCAGCAAAGGGUUAGUUUUACAACUAAUACAUGGACCUCUAUUCAAAAUGUUUGUUAUAUGUCAUUGACUGCCCAUUAUACUGAUGACAAUUGGAUGUUACAUAAAAGAAUUUUAAAUUUUUGUGUGGUUCGUAAUCAUAAAGGAGAGGCAAUUGGAAGGCUAAUUGAGGUUUGUUUGCAUGAUUGGGGUAUUGAAAAAGUGUUCACGCUAACUCUUGAUAAUGCAAGUGCAAACAAUAAUGUAAUUGCAUAUCUUAAGAGGAAAAUGGUACAUUGGAAAAAUUGUAUAUUAGAUGCUGAUUUUUUGUAUAUUCGAUGUAGUACACAUAUUGUGUGUGAGGAUUUGAAAGAAUUAGAUGAGGCAAUUGCUAGCAUUCGUAAUGCUGUGAGAUAUGUUAGAUCAUCUCCUUCUCGAUUGCAAAAAUUUAAGCAGUGUAUAAGUCAAGAGAAAAUUGAUAGCAAAUCUUUAGUAUGUUUGGAUGUUCCAACCAGAUGGAAUUCCACAUACUUAAUGUUAGAGUCGGCUUUGAAAUUUCAAAAAGCUUUUAAGAGAAUGGAGGAGGAAGAUGGACAUUAUGCUUCCUAUUUUGGAGAGGAUGAUAGUGGUAGAAAAAAAGUUGGACCUCCUUUAGCUUGGCAUUGGGAUGAUGCCAAAGUUUUUGUCCAAAUUCUUAAGGGCUUUUAUGAUGUAACUCUUAAAUUUAGCGUCUCUUUACAUGUUAGCUCCAACAUAUAUUUCCAUCAAGUUUCUUCCAUACAAAAACAAUUAGAUGAUUUAUGUGUUAGUGAGGAUGAUCGGUUAUGUGUUAUGGCAAGGAAAAUGAGAGAAAAGUAUAAUAAAUAUUGGGGUUCCAUGGGAAAUGUCAAUAAAUUGCUUCUAGUUGCAGCAGUGCUUGAUCCAAGAUAUAAGUUGGAUUAUGUAUCAUUUAGCCAUGGGAUGGUUUAUGACAAUGAUGAAAGCAGGGUUACUGAAUUGACAAAUGGUUUGAAAAAAACUUUAAUGAGGCUGUAUAAUUGGUAUAAUGAAAAAGAAAUGGGUUCAGAUGGUAGUUGUCAAUCUUCCAUUGGUGUUGAGUCUUCUGGAACUAGUUUGGAUAGUAAUAACAGUGAAUUAGAGCAUGCCAACUAUGCUGACUAG